AUGAGUGAUAUUAAAAAAUAUCUGGCGUCGUACAACGACAGUGAAGAAGAAAAUGAAGAUAAUGAUGGAGCCGCUGAUGAUGUUCACGAUGAUAUCGAUAUUUCGGACGAUGACCAAGAUGAUUUAGCUCGCUUUCAAAAUGAAAAAAAACGUAAACUUGAUUCGCCAUCUUUGAAAAUUGUGACCCACGAAGAAUCGGCCAAAGUUGUUAAAAAAAUUACUGCCACCAGGUUGGUUUCCUAUGGAGAAGAUGACGACAACGAAAAAUCGCUCAACCGAUCUAGUUUUAGUGAACAAGAAGAGGAGGAGCAAAAUGAACCCGAUACAACGAUAACAACGUCUGGAAAUGAGCCUAGUGAAACAAGUUCAUUAGCAGGCCCGCUUCAUACAGAUUCUCCGUUCUUAUCGACUAUAGGUUCCCCUGAAUCAAAUUUAAAUAGAAAACCAUAUUUUGCAAAACUCAUUCCGUUACCACCAGAGCCUCCAGGGAAUUGUUCAAAACAAUUGCAAAAUAAAGUUCUUGAUCUUUACACAAAAUUAAAAAAAGAAAAGACAAAUUUAAACACAAGCAUACAACGCAAGAAAAAUUUCAGAAAUCCUAGUAUUUAUGAAAGGCUUAUUGAAUUUUGUGGUAUAGAUGAAAAGGGAACAAAUUAUCCUCCAGAACUGUACAAUCCUUCUAUAUGGGGUCCGGAAUCGUUCUAUGAAGAGUUAGCAAAAACUCAAAAAAUAGAAAUGGAUAGAAAAGAGAAGGAAAAGAAAGAUAAAAAAUUUGUUGUUGAAAAAGUUCAAGGAACAAAAAAAACAAACACAAAGUGGGAUGACGUUAACGCUCCUUCCAUACAAAUUCCUGCUGUUGGUCCUCUCACAAAGCUGAAACCAGCUUAA